CCGCCACACGCCCCACAGACCAGCGCCUCCUGACCCGGCCAGGACCCAGUGCGCACAGGCUUCCAGCACUAGGAGUACAACCUUCCUUCCCAGGCUGCCUGAGUGUAUUCGUCACCCAGCUCACAGAACACAUGGUGCCCUAUUCCACGGAGAAUCUUUCCUUGGGGACAAUGAAAACUGUUCACACACAUUCUAUUCACAGAGGCUGACAAGCUCUACAAAUACACGUCCCGAUCUGCAGACACAGCUUUCUAGCUUGGAAUGUCACUUCUGAAUGACCAGUAAAUUAACACAACUGCCAGCCUCCUAGCCUGCAGAAAGGAAAGAAAAUCCCUUGGCUCCAAAAUGACAUCCGGAGAACCAAAGACAGGCCUCAAGAACGUCUACCCAUCUGCCAAGAAGCUGCUGCCGAAGGUGGAGGAAGAGGGGGAGGCUGAGGAUUACUGUACUCCUGGAGCCUUCGAGCUGGAGCGUCUCUUCUGGAAAGGCAGUCCCCAGUACACCCACGUCAAUGAGGUCUGGCCCAAGCUCUACAUCGGCGAUGAGGCAACCGCGCUGGACCGCUAUGGGUUGCAGAAGGCAGGCUUCACCCACGUGCUGAACGCUGCCCACGGCCGCUGGAACGUGGACACCGGGCCCGACUACUACCGUGACAUGGCCAUCGAGUACCAUGGCGUCGAGGCUGAUGACCUGCCCACCUUUGACCUCAGCGUCUUCUUCUACCCAGCAGCCGCUUUCAUUGACGCUGCCCUCCGCUAUGAUCACAUUGACCUGAGGCUGCUGCCCCUUUUGACAGUUGAAGAAGUUGAGGCUCCACAGGCUGAGUGGCUUACCCCAAACCCAGAUAAGAUCCUGGUUCACUGCGCCAUGGGCCGCAGCCGGUCGGCGACCUUGGUCCUGGCCUACCUGAUGAUCCACAGGAACAUGACCCUGGUGGACGCCAUCCGGCAAGUGGCCAAGAACCGCUGUGUCCUACCCAACCGGGGCUUUCUGAAGCAGCUCCGGGAACUGGACCAGCAGCUGGUGCAGCAGAGGCGACAGGCCCGGCACAGUGAGGCCGCCGAGAAGGCCUGUGAGCAGGCGCCGUAGGCCCCUCGCGCGGCGAGCUGGCCGUUUGGGAGCGGAGAGGGAAGGCCGAAAACAGCUGUGCCCCGUGGCUUCCUCUGUCGCAGGGAAGGCACAUGAAACCAAAGCUUGGCUCCUUCCAAACAAUCUUAAACUUCCCGGGGGCUGGUGAACAGGGGAGCAUUCACAGCGGGCUCCGGGACGAGCCCGGCGCUUGGCUUCCCUGCAAAAUGGCGCGGACUGGCUUCCCGGCACAAUUGGUUACAGGUGAGUGCGCGGGCGCCGUCCUUGUUUUGUUUUUGUAAGAUGGAAGCAGAGAAAAGGAUUUAAAAAAUUUGUUGACACUGUGCUGUGAUUAAACAUUUGGUUUUGUCUGAAAGUCACAUUCGUAAAAAUAUAAUUUUAAAAUAUAACUUUAUUUUCUAACCACAGAAAAAGCGCCUGUGUUAAACGGUCUGCUCCUCGGGUGGGGAGGUGCAGGCGACAGGGAUUUCCUUAAGGGCGGCGGCUGCUGCGUCUUCUUUUCGAUAGACUCCACAGGCUCAGGUCACCAUCCAGAGAUGCUGCUCUCUGCAAGCUGAAGACAGCAAGUUAUCUGGGAGGGGUGAGGCGUGCGGGUCCUGAGACCCUGCACAGAGGACCCGUCUUUGGCUUCCCCCGCCUUCCUCAGGGAGCCAGGGCGGUUCAGAAAGUUCAGUCAGUCAGUCGUGUCUGACUCUUUGUGACCCCGUGGACUGUAGCCCGCCAGGCUCCUCUGUCCAUGGAAUUCUCCACGCAA